CAAAAACUAACGUGGAGUGCCAAGGAUCUCGAACGCUGGACCGAUUUUAGGACCGCACGUGCUACUCCACUCACUUUUCUGCAGGCCGAUCCCACAUGGCGCAGCAUGGAAACCAUCCCGAACCUCCAUAUGCAGGAGACGAACUGACAUUGCUCAGCGACUAUUUAUCUUCCCUCGAUUCAGAGACCCUGACACAUACGUCACAUAUGACGGAACAACGCUUGUCUCGCUACACACUCGAUGAGGAUGUGGUGCCGCUGCUGGACGAGUUGCAGGCAUGGGUUGAUGAGAAUGCCACCUGGAUUACCGAUCAAGCUAUGGAUGGAUGCAAAAACCUGGAUCUGGCCAACAAGACUACUUUAAAAGAUAUUAAAGCUGCAUGUCAGAGCAAGCUUCCGAUUGAUUUCAGGAAGGGGAUCACAUUGGUGCGCUCUAACUCGACAUCGAAUGGGCUUAGUACCACCGAUUUCACCUUGUUCGUCCCGGUCGGCACUCAACAACAAGGUACAAUCGGUAUCAAAAACCAGUCGGAGAAUAUGGCCAGGUUGGACGUCUUCUACAUCGCUCCGAAUGAAAAGGUCCUCUGGACCCCCGGAGUAGUAGCCCUACUCAUGCAAUGAGAGCAUCCGAAAGCAACCAAUCCGUUGGUGGAUCUAAGAACAGUCCCUGUUCGAAGGUCCAAUCGAUAUUACCAGGAUCGAGUAUGUUAGAGAUGCCUACUUCAAGUCAGUGAGAGAAAACAAUCAUUCCCUCAUAUAAUUACCUUCCCCUUGAGUAGGCUGGUUUCCCUCCAUGAAUCCAUUGCCGAAUUCGGUUGUCCCUCCAGCUAGCCCAUUGUCUGUUUGAAUGGAGUUAUCGUGCCGUCCGAAAAGUCGAUGGCGGAAUUGCGACGGAUAAAGUGGAGAAUUGUCCUGAUGAAGGGACUCGGCACUUGCAUUAGCUGCUGACGAGUUAGUAGUGAGUUGGGACAAUCUGGAACAUUACUUUCCUGAACAGCUUUCCUCGUUCUGUCCUAGCACCUUACUGAUGCUUUGAUCGUAGUUGUUUUGAUACUUUUCAAACGUCUCAUCUAACGAUCUCGCCAAAUC